GAAAACAAUGGUGAGACAGGUGGGUCUGUUACCAGCAGGUUGCCAGCCCUGGAACAAUGAUGUGGUGGCAACUAGUGGAGACCGCUUUGUGUACUGUGCCACACUGGCCAUGUACAUUUAUGAGAAUGACGCUCUGUUAUUGGAUGAAACGAGUCAUGUGACUGCCGUCUAAAUUUCUUAAGAUGGUGAGUAACAAAAUUUAGACGGCAACAUGGCGGCCGUUACAUCGUACCAAUUGCUCUGUUACCAUAAAUUAAAACUGGAUAGAAAAUUCAGUGAGUUCAGGUUGAUUUCCAUCAUGUCGGAACACACAAAGACAAUAAACUGCAUCAAAUUUCACCCAACAAAUCCAGACCUAAUUGUUACAACUGGAUCAGAUAAACAGGUCAUUGUCUGGAAUAUAGCAAAACAGCAGGUGAUAUCAAAGCUUGAAGUGGUCACUAGAGAGGCACCAAAAGCUGUAGGCUGGACAACUGUGAAAUAUACUGAUGCUGUGUGUUUUAUCCAGGGAACUGGGCCUCUUAAUGUAUGGACCUAUCAGAAUGGACAAAAACUCCAAACGUUUAAAGAGGCAUCUGGAUUCAGUUCACAUAUAUGUCAAUUUAGAUGGCAUCCAAAAAAUCCCAACAGAAUCGCUUUUGGUCAUAUGGAUGGGAGUAUAUCAAUAUGCAAUAUAGGGGGGAAAAGUCGGAAGGAGAUCUGUCGACCUGAGAGUAUGGAGGAAGAUGACGAUGAUCCAGUGACUGCCCUAGAGUGGGAUCCCUUGUCAGCGGACUACCUGAUCAUGACAAACACAUUUCAUCCUGUUCGCCUCAUAGACAUUGAGUCUGGGACAGUUAUUACAGAGUUCAAAUUACCUAGUGCUGCUGCCAAUGUCCACACCCUGGCCUGGAUAUCUGGAGCUCCAGGGAUGUUUGUAACUGGAGAUGUUAAAAGUGGAAUUCUGAGGAUAUGGAAUGUGUCAAAACCAACUCCAAUUGAGAACAUAAGAAUUAAAAAGACUGGGAUACAUGCACUUCAGACAAUAAGUAUUGAGCGUCAGUUAAAGAAAAAAGAUGCGAGGGAUCGCCAGGUGUCUUCCACUAGCCCUGCGCUGGCCCCUGCCAGCACAACAAGCUCACACUUUGCUCUCCCUCCAGCCAAAGUGGUGUGCACCUUCUUAGAUGGGGGAAUUGGACUUUAUGAUUUAGGUGGAAGGAAAUGGGAUUUCCUUAGAGAACAGGGACAUAUAGAAACAAUAUUUGAUUGCAAGUUCUGUCCAUACAACAGAGAUAUACUGGCUACUGGUAGCUUUGAUGGAACUAUCAAACUCUGGGAUAUUAAUUCUAUGACUCCAAUAGAUAGCUCUCCAGGAAAUGAAGGUGUGGUCUACGCCCUGUCUUGGGCUCCUGGAGAUUUGAAUUGUAUAUUAGCCAGUACGUCUAAACAGGGCAUGUUCAUAUGGGAUAUCGGAAAAGGAAGAAUCAUAGAGAGAUUUAGAGAUACCAAUAAAUCAGCAGUAUUUUGUGUUGCAUGGAAUCAGAAAGACUCCAAGCGCAUAAUGUCAGCAGGUGCUGAUGGAUACUGCAUAAUAAGACUAGUGAAUGGAGAGAUCGUUCAGAAGUAUCGUCACCCAGGAGCGGUAUACGGGUGUGACUGGAGCCCCGACAACAAGGAUAUGUUGGCUACUGCUUGUGAAGAUAAACUAGUGCGGAUUUAUUAUUUAGCUACUGUUGCAGAUCAGCCAUUAAAGAUAUUCUCAGGUCAUACUGCUAAAGUGUUCCACAUCAAAUGGUCCCCACUAAAAGAAGGCAUGCUGGCCAGUGGGUCAGAUGACUGCACAAUACAUGUAUGGGAUUACUCCCAGGAAUCCUGCUACCAAGUACUUCGAGGACAUGAGGGGCCUGUGAGAGGGAUCAUGUGGAACUGGGAGAUCCCUUAUCUACUAGUGUCUGGGAGCUGGGAUUACAAAAUCAGAAUCUGGGACAUUAGGGAUGGAGCUUGUGUGGAGACUUUGUUAGACCAUGGUGCUGAUGUCUAUGGCUUAACUAGUCACCCUGAAAGACCGUUUUUGAUGGCUUCUUCUUCCCGGGAUUCCACUGUCAGAAUGUGGUCAUUGAAUUCUCUUGUGCAGCCUAUAGAACUUAACGUUCUGGCCGGGAAACCAUGGACAAGUGUUCUAGGAUCAACAGACUCUGCUAUGGCAAUAGGAAAUCCACCUCUGUUAUGUGGGAAAGGCAGCAAAGAUUUAAAGGCUGAGAUGGAAGCAGGACUUCCGAGCAAUAACAGAGACAAGCUUAUCAAAAUGUGUUCAAAAUUCUUUAGUCCACCAACAGGGGCAGACAACCUCUGGGAGCUGGUGUCUGUGGUGAAGGGGCUGGAUGAUUCUCUGUUGUCUCAGAAGUACAAGAGAGGCAUCAUGCAUGUCAAGCAUUUGUCUAAAUUCAAAACAUCAGAGGCUCAAGAGCAAGAAAUGGUGAAAAUGUCAUCAUUUGGUGGGGGCAUAGGAAGUUUGUCUCGAGAGGGCAGGCUUCGUGAAGCUGCUAAAAUUUACAUCCAAUUGGGAAAUCUUCAGAGAUACUGUGAACUAAUGGUGGAGCUUGGAGAGUGGGAGAGGGCCAUUGCAGUUGCUCCAGGCGUUUCAAUGGAUUACUGGAAAUCUCUUACGAAAAGAUAUGCACAGUAUUUAUCUAAAGAAGAUGAUGAGAGUCUCAUCCCAUUUUGUACAGCUGUUGGUGAUCCAGAGACUCUCAUAGAAUUCUCUUGCUCCAGAGGACAACUAUCUCAUGCUGUGUUAACAGCUCAAGUUGCCUGUGAGGGGGUGUUUGAUGAAAUGUCACAAACAUAUGCUUCUAAGGGAUUGUGCAAUGGAGUAGAACCAAAUAAGUCUUACCAAAAAUCAUUGACCAAUACGGUCCAGAAAUUAGCAGACUGGUAUUUUUACAAUGGGUCUCCUGUUCUGGCUGCUUGUUGUCAUCUUUCUGUUGAUGAUUGUCAGCAAGCAGUUCAGCGCCUUAUUCAGGGCCAUGAGUUGGAGUUAGCAGCGUCAGUCGGUGUUGUCCUGGGUAAUGUGCCAGAGCAGACUUUCCAAGCACUGGAAUAUUUGUCUCGGAGAUGUGAGCAUUUGGGAAAAUGGGACUUAGCUGUAGACCUCCUGAAGUUAAUCCCGGACAACAGAGACCUGAUGAUUAGAUGUUGUGCCAAGUGUGCUGCUAGUUCUGAUGAAAUUAAUUACCUCCAUAGAAAGGCUGAUCUUCCACCCCUUGACAAAUGUUUGCAUGAAGCAGAAACUUUGAAAAAUCAAAUAAAGCCGGUUGACUGUGUCAGAUACUAUGUAGUGUCAUCGUCCCCAGAAGUGGGUCUGGAUAUAGGAUUAGAAUACAUCAAAGCUUCCAUGUCUAAAAACAGAUGGUCGGUGGAUGAUAUCUUCCCAAUACUGCAGUUUAUGGGCUCCAUUCGAGCAGACAAACUACAGCAACACAAGUUAGAUAGACAAAGAAUGGAAUUGAUGUGCCUGUGUGCCUAUGUUGGGGCCCUGAGGGCCAUUAGACUGGGCUAUGAUGAGAUAGUAAGACCAUUGUUCAAACAUGCCAGGGACAUCAUUAGCAAAGCAGGCUUGUGUCUUCCAGUAACAGAUGAAGUCAUAAAUAAAGAAAUGUUGGCUUGGGACACCAUAUGUAUGGCCAGGACUAACUGUUACCCAGGUCCACUAGAGUUAUCUCGGGUGACAGCUUCACCAGAUGUUAUGCAGAGAUAUGAAGAGUUGAUUCGUAAAGCAGGGGGAGACAAUCACCCCGACCGAGUAGGCCAGGAUUGCGCCUCAAAUUCACAUCUUCCUUCGCACUCAGAUGUUCACGUGUCUUGUGUGUCCCAACAAAGAGUGCAGGGAUUGGCAUAUUUUUUAGAAGAUGGAAAAUCUGCAAUUUCACCAAAUGAAGCACUAAUGUGGGCUAAAGUCAAUCCCUUUUCUCCUCUGGCGUCUGGGCUGAGAAUUAAUCCAUUUUAGAUAAUAGGGACACUGCUGUUGAAAUUACUGUCAGCAUACUGAACUUGUGCAAAUGUUGCAGAUCACUGCACAAGUCAAAUUUGUUUGCAUAUCAACAGGUGGUAUAUUUUUAAAGGGUUUAACAGGUGGUAUUUUUAAAGGGUUUAACAAGUGGUAUUUUUAAAGGGUUUGAUAUUAAGGAUGGUCACUUGAUACAGAUAAUAAUUUUUAAGGAUUUUCACAGGGUACAAAUUAACAAAAAUGUGUACACAACAGUCACAUGCACUGUAUAUUUAUUUACGUAAAAUCAAAUUUUACAUUGUUUUAAAAUCUUGUCACUCGUUAUAUAGAAAUGCAAACACAAAAUUCAGCAACAAUCUAGUAAGAGUAUUACCAGUCUGUGUAAUGAACCACAAGCCCAAUGACCCUGGCUACCAGAUAUUUUGUUUGGCUCAUGAAUUUCCUAAAGAAAAGUAUAUGUUGAGUUGGUGGAACCUGUUUAUGGGUUAAUGAAGUAUUAGGGCUGUACAGAAAUUAUUGAGACAUUUGAUUUAACUCCUUAAACGAGAACAAUGCAUGAAAAUUCACAAAACUUUAAUCAAGAAUUUUUCUGUCAAAUAUACCAAAUUUCUAAUUGAUUGCAUUAAAAGAAAGGUGAUGUUUCAAAUACAAAAUUGUAUGUCAUUUGACCUGAAGCAGUUAACAUACAUUUUUUGACGUCAUUUUAAUGUAACUUUAACUUUAUUUAUUUUUCGCUCGCAAUGAAUACUCUGUUUAAACGGACGCAUUUCUCAUGCUAACUACUUUUCAUAUACAUUUUUGCACCAAUUUGCUAUCCAGGGUUCCAACAGCAUUUAAAGUAGCUUGUUCUCAUUCUUUGAUGUCAUAGAAUUUGAUGCUGUACAACUCUGAUUGAUUCUCAGAAGGAAAUUCUGACGCGCGUCAUUCCUCGUGAUUAUUGACGACCGUCCAGCUCCUUUGUUUUUACUCUAGUUUAAUAGUUUGUCAGUAAAUUGUUUAUGCCAGUGAUAAACUAAAGCCCUCAACACUUUUCAUUCACACUGUGUGUUUUAGCAAUUCUUUAGUCUUAAUGGAAGUCCUACCAAGCUCCAAACAGAAUUUGAAUAUGACUGCUUCUCUGCAUUGACAUCGAAAUUAAUUGUCCCAUUGUAAAUAUACAUUUAUUCUGAUAGCUUGAUAGCAAAUGUAAAUGAUUUUUGUAAUUGUCAUUGAAAUUCUACCAAAUUUUCAUGAAAUCACUUCUCUAUGAUAUUGAAAAUUAUGUAUCAAAUUUGAAUUCUAUUCUCUCUUUUUCUGGAUAUAUUGAUACUUGCUACCUAGCUUGUAUUGAUUUCCAUCAUCUUGUUUCACGACUGCUCCAGGUAACCUUACCUUCUACACAUAAAUAUUCUGUUUUGAAAAAAUUAUAAAGCAUAGAAUAAUAAACAUUAGAGAAAACACAGGAAAAAGUACAAAUAUAUUUAACAUCAAUAUGACAUGGUAAAAAAAGAAAAGCACAGAUUUAAUACAGAAAAUUAGCGGUUUAGGAUUAUAAUUGUUCAUGAGUAGCAAUGAUAUAUAAAAUUUAUGUUGCAUUCCCUCAUGUAUAAUUAUUUUAUUUAAAUGCUGAAGCUGAAUUGAUUUAACUCACACCAGUGGUAAACUCGUGGCACAAAGAUUAUAUCUAGUGAUUUUGAGGUCAAAAGGUUUUAAAAAAAAAAGAUUGGGGGCUUCAACCGAUUUUCCUCUUCAUGGGGGGGGGGGGUGGGGGGGGGGGUAUUACUUCCAUUCAGACAACUCUAGUUGUUACAGGAUUUUGAGCAUGCUAUGAUUAUUAGUCCUAGAUAAGGAAAAUCAUUAAAGGACAUACAUGUAUUACUCAAACUGCCUGUGAUACUUGCAUUUUGUACAAUUUGUCUUUAAUUAUGUAUUUUAUCAAUGUGUGUUUGCAUAUCUAGACAUUACUAUCGAACACAGUACAUCAAGAAUGUACGAAGUUAUAUUUGUUUGUUCAUGUCUGCAGUUCUUUUGGUGAUGAUCUCAAAAAGUCUUGUGAUGACAGUACAUUUAAUCAGUAUCCAUAUAUUAGGUGCAUAAUAUAUUUAUUUCUAUAUAGGAUAUUCAGAUUAGAGUACUUAGCUUUACUCAUAAUCAACACGUGUAUUUCUGAUACAUUAUGCAUGUUGUUUAUCAAUAUACGUGUACAAAAACAUAUAUUGUGAUUUUCAUAUGCCUAAUUUAGCAGCAAAUGCUGUACAUCUACUUGCAUAUUAUAUUAAUACACAUUGUGCUGGCAUACCCAUGACUGCAGUACCACAUGACAUACUUUCUGUUUCAAAGCAGACUUGAUUUGGAACAAUCAAUGAUGCAAAUCUGAAUAUAUCACUCAAAAUUUACCAGUGGCAUUGACCUGGACAGUAGGUACUAUUGCAGUAAAUGUAGUACAAUGUUUUCACAAAUGUCCAGUUUUGUGGUUGGGAAGUUUGAACAGAUGAUUUUUAUACGUUGUUAGUGUUCUGUGUUCUUAGUUUAUUGUUACCUGUGAGAAAUAUCUGUUUUACUUUAAUAGCUUUUGCUGUUGCACUUGCUUUUUAUGUGCCAAUGUUCAUUGGUGUUCAACGUUUGAGGAGAUGUUUUCACUUCUUGCUAGUUUUAUAUACAUUAGUAUUCAUAUCUGCAAAGACCAGUCGUUCCAGUGGUGUUCUUUACUGAUAACAUUGUGACACACAAUUAUAUAUGCCGUCCAUGUUGUUUACAGUCUACUUUCAUUAUGUUACAUUAUUAAAUACAGUAAUCGGA